GCGGUGGGCGGGGCCUGUGGUCGGGCUGUCAGCGCAUUUAACCUCCUGCUCGCCGGACAGACAGGCGGAUGGAUGGAGAGGGCGCUGCGGAUGACUCACUAGAAAAUGACCAUUGAGGAUUUAUUGGUUAACUGUCCUGAAGGAGUCUUUUUGAGAUUUGAUCACGGAUACAGAUACCAUUUUUAUUACCCAAGAUCUUGCCGACCCGUGACGUUUUGUGUAUCUGCAGCACCAAUGCCUUCAGACUGUGAAUUCUCAUUUUUUGACCCCAAUGAUGCUUCAUGUCAGGAUAUUCUGUUCAACCCGAACACCUCCGUUCCUGAGCUUUUUGCCAUUUUAAGACAAUGGGUCCCUCAAGUCCAGCAAAGCAUUGAUGUCAUUGGAAAUGAGAUUCUAAAGAGAGGAUGCAGUGUCAAUGAUCGUGAUGGACUGACAGACAUGACCCUCUUACAUUACACCUGCAAGUCUGGAGCCCAAGGCAUUGGGGAUGCAGAUACUGCUGCGAAGUUUGCUUCCCGCCUGAUUGACCUUGGGGCAGACAUCAGCUUGCGAAGCCGAUGGACAAACAUGAACGCUUUGCACUAUGCUGCCUAUUUUGAUGUUCCUGAACUCGUACAUGUUCUUCUAAAGGCCGCAAAGGCAAAAGAAGUGGAUGCUACCUGCAGUGACUUUGAAUUUGGCACAGCUUUACAUAUUGCGGCCUCCAACCUGUGCUUGGGAGCAGUGAAGAGUUUGCUGGAACAUGGAGCCAAUCCUGCCUUCAGGGAUGACAGAGGACGUAUCCCGGCUGAUGUUGUUCCUGAUCCGGUUGACAUGCCAUUGGAGAUGGCUGAUGCAGCUGCUGUUGCGAAGGAAAUGAAACAGAUCCUAUUGGAUGCCAUGCCGCUGUCAUGUGAAUUCACCAGCUCUCCCCUUCGUAACUAUGACAAUGUGUCUGGCGGUGCCAUGCUCCUGUUGGCUGGUCUGAAGCUGGGGGACCGGGUAUUGAUAGCUGGGCAGAAGGUGGGCACUCUGAGAUUUUGUGGACCGACACAGUUUGCGUCAGGCCAGUGGGCUGGCAUAGAGAUGGACGAAGCUGAGGGGAAAAACGAUGGCAGUGUUGGUGGAAUACAGUACUUUAAAUGCCCACCUAAACAUGGUAUUUUUGCACCAGUCUCCAAAAUAAGCAAAGCGCUUGAAUCCAUGAAGACCUUUAUCAAGAGUUCUUCAAACCGGCCGGCCGUAUCUCUCAAAACACAGAAGAUUGACCUGAGCCGCGUAACUUCAAAAAUUAAUACCGGAUUGGUUUUAUCCAAGAGGAAUGGAGCAAGUGAGUCUUUCUCGGGCGCUGAUGAAGCUGCAAAACCAGCAAAGAAAGCUUUCUACAUGGGAUCCAGCAGUUUCUCCUCGUCUUCCUCCUCCAACUCCUCUUAUUCACUAGAAACUAAGCCGCCACUUCCCAGCAGGCAUCCUCGCCGUCGGGACGCCGCUAAGUGUAACAUAAACACGUCGAUUAGGUCCAAGUCCUCUUCAGUGAAAUCUGUUAAUGGUCUGCAGAACCGUUCUGUGUCCGCGGCAGGACAAGACCAGGCAGAGUUCCAGGCCGGUGACCGUGUUUUGGUGGUGGGGCGGAGAUCUGGCACAGUGAGGUUUUAUGGGAAGACCAGCUUUGCUCCAGGUUUCUGGUGUGGCAUUGAGUUGGACAAGCCUCAUGGAAAGAAUGAUGGGACUGUUGCAGGCAUUGAGUACUUUUUAUGUCCUCCAAAGCAUGGAGUGUUUGCACCGCCAUCUAGAGUUCAAAGGUUAUCUGGAUCGAUGGAUUCUCUGUCGGAAAUCCCAACAAAUAAGCUGAACUAUUCAUUCCCAGGUUUCAGACGAAGCUACAGCUCUACAUCCACAAACGCUUCGCAAAAGGAGCUCGACAGGAGACACUCUGUUGGAAGGUCUAAGAACCCUGUGCUUAGAAGGAGCUGGAGCAGCUCUGCCUCGUCUAGCGUUCGCGAUGGGACGGUGAAACUCCAGAAAGGUUUCCAGGUGUUAUUGACCAGCUCCAAUGAAAUGGCCAUCAUUCGCUACAUGGGUCCCACUGACUUUGCUCCCGGCUUGUGGCUGGGCUUGGAACUCCGAAACGCCAAGGGGAAGCACGAUGGAUCUGUGGGGGAGAAACGCUACUUUAACUGCAAGCCAAACCAUGGGGUUCUGGUGCGACCCAGCAGGGUGACUUACCGAGGGAUUAAUGGAUCUAAACUGGUGGAUGAAAUCUCCUGACAUGGAUUUCUAGGGAACCUGUAAAUAGAUGGAUUAAUGCUGUUACGCUUAUAAUAUAUAUUUUUUAUUUAUUUCUUCUGCACAAUGAGCUCUGUAAGAGUAAUUCAUUCAUUGUUCAUUAACUGAUCAUUUAUUUGUCUAUGUUUGUUCUAUUACUCCUACUUUCUUAGAUAUUCCUUUUUACUCAGAAUGUAUCACACAGUGAUUACAAUAGGACAUUUUAUCUGUGCCAUGUGUUCACCUAAUUUCUAACAAACUCUGAGCUCAAAAGCUAUUUUCGUUAUGUAAAUUAGCAUACCGUAGUCCCAUGGGUAUACAUGCACAAACACUACAGUGGGAGAAAGAUAUACAUGGGGAUCCUAGUCUAUGGAGCUCUCAGUCUCCUGCUGCUUUAAGGGAUGCUGGUUCAUGUGUCUGCAACUAAUUCAGAAUAGCGUUUCCGUUCUAUCUACACGUUUCACUAGGUUAGUUUAUCAUUCAUUUAAACGUACUCAAAACAGAUCUGUCAAGAGGACG